AUGGCUCCAAAUUUGGGCAUUAAUGAGAACCGAAGAAAAUUUAGGCAAUCAGAAAAAAAUCUCACUGAACUUUAUGGUCGAGGGAAAGAAUAUCGUUUACAGAUAACCAUGAUCACUGUCGGAAACAAAAAUGGAAAUAAAUGUUUGGUGUCAUUGUCCAAUGAACAACUAUCAUCGGAUCGACCUUUGUAUCACUCAAAAAUUAAUUUAAUGUUUUGCGCUGGGGCGACAGGAACUGCAGAAACUGCAGGUACCACUUUAUCAAUCUACCACUCUUACAAGAUUCAUGAUAUUUAUUGCUUCAAAAAAAUUACCACCUUUCCUUCAUUUCCUUUUGCUCACAUCAAUAGACAACCUUUCCGUUCGAUUAUGACUUGCACGAGUGUUUGUAAAGGUUGGAUCAAGCAUGCCACUCUCAUAAAUAACUGUUACCCGGUUGGCCCUGAAGAAAAGGGCCCCCGAUCAAACGAACUUUCUUACCUCAUAUUUUACGCAAAUUCAAAGCCGGCAAAGCUUACAAAGUGCGGUGUCUACCUGGAUAAAAGGGUUUCCACCGACGUCCGCAAGCGAAGAAAGCAGGACACAGAUAUAUCGUUGCAAAUCAUCAAAGCUCUUCUGGAAGAAUGUAAUAGCAACCUGAACUUAUUUUCAAAGAAUGUUCUCAAAAUUAUUUCAGCUUCACUAAGCGCAAAUGAUAUUGAUGUGAUUACUCGUGCUGCCUCGGUGUUCAUUACCUUCUGCUCGUACCAUGAUGGCUCCACUCUUGGUGUUGAUGUGGAAUUCACACAGAUUUACGAAGAUCUAAUAUCAUCAUUUGCUCAAUACGCAAUGUGCAAAGAUCAUGACACCACAAUCGAGCGAAGGUACCGGUCUAUUGGGCUUCAUGCUCUUCGAGCGGCCGCUACAUCUAAUGCUUUGUACACAACAAAUGCUCGAACGCAGUUGCAACACAUCAUUCCGGCGAUUUUAUAUAAUUUAACUGAUGGGUUAGAAGCUCUACAAGAGGCAGAUCUGAAUCCUGUCAAUGAUGAGCCCAUCCCACAAUCACGUCGAUUUUCCCUUAGUGUCACCACCAUUUCGUUAGAGGAAAACACAAAUCUGGCGUACCAUUGCUUGAAAGAAUUAUUUGAAAAGUCUGAUCCUUCCAACGUGCAUUAUUCGCUUGAGCCCACAUUCAAAUUUUUAGACGAAAAUGAUAUGUGGACACCAAGUUCCUUCGGUAUAAGCCUGGUCUUGAUGAUCCUCUCUUCCCUUCAGCAACAAUGUCGUCAUAUUCUAGCCUCCAACAUUACGCGGCAACUUGAGACUCUGCCGGAAGGUUCAAUUUCCAUGCAAAAGAAGCUUACCCUUGUCGAAAUGCUGUCAUCCAUUUUGACCAACAAGUUAGCCCUCGUGGGAUUAUCUACAUUAGAAGUUUUAGAUGUUUUGCUUCAACUGUUGUUGGGUUCUUUGAAAAAUGGCGAAGGAAAUGAUAAUGAAUCCAAAGCGCUUAUUAGUAAAAAAUUAAUCGAUUGCAUUGGUGGAUUGGCAACACACAUUUAUUACGAAAAUCAAAUAUGUGACAUCAUGGAGCAUAUUAUUACGCAUUUACGUCUACAGCCUGACGUGCCAGAUUCCUCUCAACAAGGUGAUAUUUCCAUCUCCGAUGGGAUUCCACUGUCGGAUUUGCGUAAAACAUUAUUGAAGUGUUUGGACGUCGUCGUGCAAAUGAGUAAGACGGUGUAUCAGAAAAUUGGAAAAAUUACGAUAUGCGAGACGCCGGUUGAAAUAUUUCUUGAUACUAUUAGUCUUUGCAUGGAUGGUGACUUGGAUGUGAGAAUUUCGUAUGCCAAAGUCCUUUCGGCAUUUUUAAACAAUGAAGGAAUGCCUGAGGAACAGAAAGAUACUGACUCUACACAGCUCACGUAUUUUAAUCAGCCAGCAAUACAUUUCUUAAACACGCUUCAUCUAUCGUUGUAUCAGUACGCACUUUCGGAUAUUGCACAACCCGCUGAUCACGUGGCAAUGUUGACAUUAUUGCGUGCACUAUUGGUUCGAUUUCGGGCAGAUCAGAUAAUUCGCGGGAUUCCCGUGGUAUUCAAAUUGCAGUCCGAAGCCAAAGAAGAGAAACUUAAAAAUUAUGCUCACCAACGGGCAUUGGCAAGUGUCAUCGCGCUUUAUUUUUCCGAUAUUGCAACAGUUUUAAAUAUUCCGGAAUUAAGAGAGUAUAUAGAAAAGGCAAGUCCUCAGUUAUUGUGCGAUUCAAGAAUUCUUGAUUCUUUCCUGGCUUCGUCCGAAAACAAUCUAGAUAAUAUAGACUCAUUUAAACCUUCUGAAGGUGAAAUACCCAACGGGGAUGAUCAUUCUCUGCAACCAAUUGACAUUUGGCUUGACCGUCAAAUCAUCGUUUCCAUGUUGUCUCAACAUAAAGAAUUUUCGGGCAUUGACGGAAAGAAACUGGAAGUUGAUCUUAUGGCUGAAUGGAAACCUGAAGAAGGUUUUGAAAAAGUUAAGAAAGAAAGAUAUCGAAUUAAAUCAAGUCGAAUAGUGGAAAAACCACAGAUAGCAAUCACAUCUUUUAUAAUGAGUUUGGAAGAUAGUUCUGGUGAAUUGCCAAAGAUUAAAGUAGAAAAUCUGAAAGAUGCGCUUGAAUUGAAUGUUACUCAGCUUGAUCAUGUGAAAAUUGAUAACAAGAACAAUCGUGUGCUUAUCGAAUUCACCCCUACCAUACCGCAUUGUUCCAUGGCUACUUUAAUUGGGUUAUGUAUUCGUGUGAGAUUGUUACGAAGUUUACCAGAAAGAUUUAAAGUUGACAUCAUGGUUAGGAAAGGGACGCAUCAAUCCGAACAAGCUGUUAACAAACAAUUGAAUGAUAAAGAGCGUGUGGCUGCUGCUUUGGAAAAUUCCCAUUUGCUUGAAGUAGUGAAUCUAUGUUUAUCAACCGCAGGAUUUCGUGGUGAAACCAUUGUUCGUUAA